AAAAAAUUUAGUAUUUUUCAAUUAAUGGAUACCAGUGUAGAAGAAGAUAAUUUCUAUGACUCAAACCAAGACGAUGAUUCACAAUCGUCCAGUGGAAGUUCAUUACAGACAUGGAUCAGUUGGUUUUGCUCCUUAUCAGGGCACGAAUAUUACGUCGAGGUUCCUGAAGAUUACAUAGAUGAUGAAUUCAACUUACAGGGCUUAUCGACUAUUGUACCUUAUUAUACACAAGCCCUAGAGACCAUAUUAGACUUAGAAUGUGAUGAAUUAUUUGGCGAGAAUGAGGAAGAAGACGAAGCAGACGUUGAAGGAGAGAGAGAAGAAGAAAGGCAACAAUCACACAAUCACAAUAAUCAACCUAUCAGUACCACCGCCAUUGCUACUACAAGCAAUAAACACCAUCAAGAAGAGGACGAUUUUUGGAAGGAAGAGGACAAAACACCCAAAAGACUGAAAUCAAAAGACCCACGAGUGAUAGAACCGUACGCCUUCAUGCUGUAUGGUUUGAUCCAUCAACGAUAUUUACUGAGUAGAGAAGGGCUACGAGUGAUGGCUGAAAGAUAUUCCAAUUGUCAAUUUGGCACAUGUCCGCGAUAUCUAUGCUAUGAUUCACCUGUGUUACCCGUCGGCAGAUAUGAUGAAACCGGACGUGAAAGUGUUUAUUUGUAUUGUCCAAGAUGUUUAGACAUUUAUAACCCACCAAGCUCAAUCUAUCGCUGUGUUGACGGUGCACAUUUCGGAUCAACUUAUUGCCAUUUACUAUUCCUAACAUACCCUGAGCUGGUGCCAGAUCCAAAUCCAGUAAUAUACGAACCGCGUAUUUUUGGCUUUAGAGUUAGCCCCAAGUCAUUGACAGGCCCACGUAAUCAAUGGUUGAGGUUACGGUUAAUAAAAUUUGAGGGAAACAACCCUGACGAAACAGAUGAUGUAGAACAAGACGAAAAAGUAGACGCAAACGAACUUGACGAGGAAGUGCUUGCUCUUUGGAAUGAGGAACAACACUCGAUCGCUCACAAUAACAUAUUGCCAGAGUUGGUACAGCAAACAGAAAAUUUGCGCAUCAGUUAAUCUGCUUGGUGUUAUUUAUUCAGUGCGUUGAACAAUCGUUUCUACAUUUUCCGCUAAACUAAUAUAAUAAUGAUAAUAGUAAUAGUAAUAGUAGUAAAAAGCAAUUUAUUUUCGGUCACUUUAAAUGAUGUGCUGUCCUGUUCCCUUUAAUGUUUGGCAAUAACUCAAAUCUCUAUACUUUGUGUUUGUGGCCCUUUUUGGUUUUCAAGAUAUCAUGCAUCAUUUGUUGUGAAGUUCAUAAUAUUAUUAUCAAAGUAAUAAAUCAACUAGCGAAAUAAAUUAGAACCAG